AUGGGUCGGACUGCCUCUCGCACCAGCGAUCCCGAGAAGAUGAGGCUGGGCAGUCCAAAGACUCCAAAGGACUUGCUCGCCUCAGUCCCCCAGAUCGGAGUUCCAAAGCAGAUACAACGAAUCCUCCUCCCACAACCAUCAUUUCCUCGAAAGAUCUGGCAGACAUGGAAGGUGGACCCCAUGCGGUUCGAAGAGAGGGAUCACAACACCGCACAGACGUGGAUCACCAAGAACCCCGAAUACCGAUACGAAGUUCUGACGGAUCAGAACGACAUGGCAUACGUCGAGACACACUUCGGCCCACAAGGUCUCAACCGACCUGACAUUGUCUUCAUGUACCGCGAAUUGAGCGCCCGCAUCAUCAAGGCCGACCUACUUCGAUACAUGAUCAUGUACGUCGAGGGUGGCAUCUACACCGAUAUCGACGUUGAGGCCCUCAAAUCAGCGGAUCACUUCAUUCCAACCCGGUGGCAAGAAAAGGACGUCGAUCUUGUGAUUGGCGUUGAAAUUGACCAGCCAGACUUCAAAGAGCACCCCAUUCUCGGCUCUAAAUGCAUGUCUUUCUGCCAGUGGACAUUCAUGAGCAAGCCCCGUCAACCAGUGAUGCUCAAGCUGAUUGAGAACAUCAUGAUGUGGCUGCGAAAUGUCGCCCUCGAGCAGAACAAGCCAAUCUCCCAAAUCGAACUGGAUUUCGACCAGGUCAUCAGCGGUACCGGUCCUUCAGCUUUCACCAACGCCGUCCUGAGCGAGAUGUCAAGACGAACUGGCCGGGAAGUGAAGUGGGAUGAAUUCCACGAUAUCAACGAAUCGAAGCUGACUGGCGGUAUCUUGGUACUGACUGUUGAAGCGUUUGCCGCUGGCCAAGGACACUCUGAUUCCGGUACCCACGAUGGACGCCAAGCUCUGGUGAGACACCACUACCACGCGUCCGGGUGGCCAACUGCCCAUCCCCGCUACAGCCACCCUCUCUACGGCGAAGUCGAGCGCUGCAACUGGGUCACCGAGUGCGUGAACGCGUGGGACGAGAACACGGCUCUGUACGCGCAGCUUCCGGACGAGGAGAAGAUGAAGAUGCUCGAGGACGCGCGGGUCGAGGCCGAAAGGGCGCAAAAAGAAGCCGAAGACGCGCAGCGGGAGGCCGAAGAAGAGGCCGCUGCCAAAGAGCGCGCCGAGAAGGAAGCGGCAGAGAAACCUGCGAAACCACCGGCGCCAGCAGCUGCUCAAGACCCAGCAGCAGGCCUUGUAGAGCCGCCAGCAGCCCGAUAG